AUGAAGUACAUCCAAACUGAACAAUCCAUUGACGUUCCAGAAAGCGUCACUGUUGCUAUCAAGUCCAGAAUUGUCAAGGUUACUGGUCCAAGAGGUACUUUAACCAAGAACUUAAAGCACAUUGAUGUUACUUUCAACAAGGUUAACGCUAGAUUAAUCAAGGUUACCGUCCACAAUGGUGACAGAAAGCACGUUGCUGCUUUAAGAACUGUCAAGUCUUUAAUUGACAACAUGAUCACUGGUGUUACCAAGGGUUACAAAUACAAGAUGAGAUACGUCUAUGCGCAUUUCCCAAUCAACGUUAACACUAUUGAAAAAGACGGUGCUAAGUUCAUUGAAAUCAGAAAUUUCUUAGGUGACAAGAAGGUCAGAUUAGUUCCAGUUAGAGAAGGUGUUGAAGUUGAAUUCUCCACCAACCAAAAAGAUGAAAUUGUCUUAUCUGGUAACUCUGUUGAAGAAGUUUCCCAAAACGCUGCUGACGUUCAACAAAUCUGUAGAGUUAGAAACAAGGAUAUCCGUAAGUUCUUAGAUGGUAUCUACGUUUCCUCCAAGGGUGUCAUUGUUGAAGAUAUGUAA